AUGCGCACCAAACUGGAACCGCGAGUGGAAGAGUGGGUCGCCAAGGGAAGAAACGUAGCGCGCCACAACACCGCUUCGUCGCAACUGCAAGUGGAAGCUGCAGCGGCGGCGGACGGUGAGUCUGUACGCUUGUCAGUCGAUGAGCUGCUCGAUCUAUGGCACUGGGCGCCCCUUGAGGCGAAUACGGAGGCUCGACGGAGGGAUUGGGGUGGUGAUUAUACGCUUGAGGAGAAGGAGAUGGGGGUCAAGAACGUCAUUACGGGGUUGAGGAGGAAGCUUGAUGAAGGAGAUGAGGAAGACGAGGAUGAAGACGAAGAAGAGGAGGACGAAGAUGUACAAGGCGAAGAGAUGGAAGUUGUGGUUGGAGCGCAUGCGCGUGCUGGCGGAGGCCCAGGUGUGGAGUUUGAUAUUGCUAGAGGAAGUAAUUAUACUCCUUCGAAAUCAAUGGCUCCUGGGAUGCCACUCGACGACGUCUUUCGAUACAUGAUGACAGGAGCGCAGCCCAGAUAA